CGGAUUUCCUGGGCCCGGCUUGGAGGGUUCACCAUGGCGUUUGGGAAGAGCCACAAAGAUCCCUUCGGGACUUCCGUGGGCCACCUGAUAGAAAAGGCUACGUUUGCAGGUGUUCAGACUGAAGAUUGGGGCCAGUUCAUGCACAUCUGUGACAUGAUUAUCACCAGCAAAGACGGGCCAAAAGAGGCCGUAAGAGCUUUGAAGAAAAGGAUUUCUAAAAACUGUAAUCACAAGGAGAUCCAGCUUACCUUAUCGCUUAUCGACAUGUGCAUGCAGAACUGUGGCCCAAGUUUCCAGGUGCUGAUUGUGAAGAGAGACUUCACUAAAGAUCAUCUAGUUAAGCUGCUGAGUCCCAGAUACAACUUGCCUUUAGACAUACAGAAUAAGAUCUUGAGCUUCAUCAUGACUUGGUCACGGGGUUUCCCUGGGGGUGUGGAUGUGAGUGAAGUCAAGGAAAUAUACCUAGAGCUGCUCAAGAAAGGAGUCCAGUUUCCCUCUUCAGAGACAGAGAUUGGAACAGAGAAACAAGUGGCCUUGUCUCCGAGUGUAACUAAGCCACCCCCAUUUGUUCCAUCUACAUCAGUACAUUCGUCUGCCGCUGCCUGCAAGGCCCCAACCAUUCUACUGGUUGCUGAACAGAUUGGAAAAUUGCACAGUGAAGUGGAUAUGGUGAAAAUGAACGUGAAAGUAAUGUCAGCUAUACUGAUGGAGAAUACUCCUGGAUCUGAAAAUCAGGAAGAUAUGCAACUCUUAGAGAAAUUGUAUAAGACUGGUCGAGACAUGCAGGAAAGAAUCAUGGACCUGUUGGCAGUGGUGGAGAAUGAGGAUGUGACAGUGGAGCUCAUUCAAGUGAAUGAGGAUUUGAAUCAGGCCCUUCUUGGAUAUGAGAGCCCCACCUCCAAAGAAUCCAGAACCCCAAAGUACCUUAUCUCCCCAGGGCUGAAUAAGAUCCAGAGAAAUAUACUUCCUCCCCAGAGAAGUGGUGGUCCUAAAGGCCCCCGUCUCCAACAACAGAGCAGUUGUACCCCUAUGUUGUCCCUAAGCUGCCUGAGAACUGUGCUGCCCUUGUGCUUGGGGCCACCCCAGUGGGGAGGAGCAGCAUUUAUCCAUCCGAUGCUGUUUGUCCUUGGUCAUCUCCCCUGGAGGGCCACUGCAGGGGAGAAAGCAUGCACCUCUAUUUCAUUAGGUGGAGCCCUAAUAGCCUGCAGGAGUUGUGGGUCUGUUUUUGAAUUCUGA